GACAGGGUGAGGGUAGGUAAGGGCGGGAUGACAGCGAUACUAGAAUGUCAGUUGAGUUUGUGAACAUAUGUCUAAAGUUCGCUAGCAUACUGAAUCGUUUUAUUAGAUAAGAAUUGUUGGGACGACGGAGGAUAUUUAGACAACAAUCGUUUAGCCACGUCGGAUAGGGGAGAUAACAAUGUUGCUUUGUCUUUUAUUUUCUAUAACAUGGAUAGUCAAAGGGCCUGUGAAUGUUGAUCUGACCUGGGUGUCCAGGGCUGGACACAUUAUGGCGCUGGGACACCACGAAGGGACUUUGACCUCGAUGCAACAGCACUUGACCACCCUAAACAUAUCCGGCGAACUCAACGGAAGUCGAAGCGAUAAGGCGCCGCUACUAAAUGCAGGAAUGGACUCGCCCUGGAUAGGGCGCCUAACGAAUCUUCUCGGCCUGGUCCUCACAGCACUAUUUUUGUUGACCAUCAGUGUCCUAGUGAAAGGUUCUUUGACCAACGUCCCGAGCGAGCAGCCAAAGUUGUAUUACAUGAAGUCUUCUCUCAAUACUUAUGUUGUCAAUAAAUGCAAACUUACAGACAGAGUCUUCUGUUCCAGCAAGCUGUUCAGCAACAGACAUUUCCAGACGUUACUGCCCUACAUUUUACCAAAACCGGAAGUGACCUUUGAAAGAGAGUACCUGCAGAUGCAUGACAAGGGAGUCGUGGCCCUUGACUGGGUCACCUCCUGCCAGGAACGAGUUAAAAGAAGGGCGCCUAUUUUACUGGUAAUACCGCCUGUGACUGAGGGCGCUGCAUACGUUUCCAACAUCUGCUUUUCGGGGACUGAGAGAGGUUUUAGAGUGGUGGUGUUCAACAGGAGGGGUGAAGGGGGCAGCUAUCUGACAACGCCAAAACUACAGAGUUUCUGUGAUCCUUCUGACCUGACGCAAGCCAUAGAAUACGUCACAUUAAAAGUUGUCGGUUGUCCAUUGGCUGCAGUAGCUUAUGGGACAGGUUGUGGAAUGCUCAUGUCUUAUAUAGGAACAUCCGGGUCUUCGUCCAAAUUGGUGGCCAGGGUUUGUAUUUCUCCUUCUUAUGAAGCACCAUCAAAGUCAAACUGUCCCAUUUACGACACCAUACUUCUGCUCAAGCUCAAGUGUCUCGUUCUGCGUCACAUGAAAGCCUUGUCUUCAGUUCUGGACAUCAGCAAGGUCAUGUCUACCUGGAUGCUCCCAGAGUUCAGCUCAAGCUUGUACUGUCCACUUUACGGCUGCCCAAGUCCAUCCCAGCUGGCAGACGCUGUGAAACCAGUUCUAGGCGCCAACUCUGCAGAUGUGCCACUUCUUUGCAUCAACGGCCUUGACGACCCCGUCUGCGCAAGCGCGUUCUUACCAUACCACACUUUUCAGUCUCGCACUAAUUCCUUAUUGGUCGUUACCAACAAGGGCGGCCACUGUGGAUUUUAUCAUCAGUUACCGCCAAAAUCUUGGUCGGACUCACUGAGCUUAGAUUACAUUCUGGCUGUGGAGGAGUUUAACUCUAGAGCUUCAAGAUUGCCAAAACAGGCCAGGAUUCCAUUUCGUGCGACGUCGGCUCCUGGUUGUUUGAACAUGUACUGCAGCACUGGUGACCUUCGCGAUAGAAAGGUCAGGUCCAAGGAGAGCAACUUAAAUACUAUCCAUGAGAAAGAAAAUGUCAUGGAAUCUUUCCCGCCAAAAGUUUACUUUGAAUGAGAUUAUUGACGUCUAGACGUUGCUACUGUUUUCUUUGUAUAUUGCCAAGUAACAAUUCCAUUCAAUUGCUCCAAGCAAAGCAGGCUUUAAGAAAAACCUAGAAUAGUAUUAGUUAAAUAAAUCCGAAGACAUUUGAUUGGGAAGGGGGGGGUGGGGGGACAUGAGAAGAUAACUUCAUAAGGUGAACAAACAAAGGAAUAAUGGUAACUGAUGUUUCAGAGAUAUGAAGAAAGUGUCCUCUCCCCUCCCCCCCCCCCCCUCAACUACGACUUUGUGUCUCUUUUUUUUAGUGUAACCAGAGUUUUUAGCGAAUAGACGCUGUGAGUCUUGUGUCGUCUGUCUGUCCAUCCGACCGUCCCGUUUAGAUAUCAGAAACUAGGAGACAAAAUAAAAAUAGGACAUCAUGAUAUUUUAGAUAACCAUAAGUUAUAAUUCAACAACUACAUUUCUCUUUUCCGAAAGAUAACACAAAUUCUCUUUGUGAUCAUGUUUUAGUUUAAUCUUAGGAACUUUCUCCGAUCUGAAUGACACAUGGACUUGACUUGUUUGACAUCUUUUCGCUUUUAAGUCCUUCGUACAAAGCUGGAAACACUAGGCUACACAUUUGAUGCUAUAUAAUCGCUGAUAACAAAACACUUCAUUAAACAGAGAGGAUUAUAUUCCAACUAGAGUGUUGACGUCCCUUGAAAAAUUUAAUUCACCUCUGACAUACUUUGAUAAAAGUUACUUGGAUUGUCUCCCUUAAGAUAAAUGCUGUUUAAAAAAAAACCAAGUAGUAAAUAUUUUAAAAGUACGUUUAAUAAAUCCUCGGAUUUCAGCAAAAGAUCUAAAUCUUUAAAGAAUUAUUUUUUUUUAAUUUAAAAAAGAUUAUUUUAAAAGGGAUUUAUUUUUCUCAAUGGAAGGGGGAAAAACAAGGGGAGUGAAUCCUAUUUCUGGAAAAGCCUUUUAAAGGACGCACUUUACUGUUGAUGUUUCGUUCAGCGUAUUUGCUCUGCUGCUUGUUGACAUUAUUAUGCACUUUGUUUCUAGAAAUAAUUAUAAUUACUGGCAGUUAUUGUCUGAUAAUGUAGAUAUCAGCGCAGCGGGAUGACAACAAAACACGAAGAUCCACAAAAACAAUGUCAUCAUUCCGUUGUUUUGAAGGACAUGUUUGUCAAAUUUGCAUUCAUUUUUGACAGUCUCUCUUGCACAUACAGACAUACACACACACACACACACACACACACAUACGUAUUUAUGUUUGUAUAUCAGGCACCAUAUUGCUCCAUUAUGUAUAUGAGUAUAUUUUAAAAUUAAUGUCUAUUUUUUCAGACUUUCCAAAGAGAAGAUGAUCUUAAAUAUCCCUAAGCUAAUCUAAUCGUGCAUGUUAAUUAGACUCUGCUAAGUCGUUGGUUGUCCUGGCUGAUUCAGGCCACCCGUUCCCUGCUCUAUUGGUACUAGGGAAGUAUGAAGACUUGCACGAUAUAGUCCUAGCAUAUGGAAUAAGAAAUGUGCCUUUAACGUUGCGUCUUUCUGAGUAUUUUAUUGGAGGUUUUGUACUUGUAAGUUAUAGUCACGUGUUUUAUGUAAUAUUGCUCUUGUUAUUAUGUAGUAUUAGCAAAGUUCCCAUUUUCAGACCUUGCGAUCUAUAGGGCAGACGAUGUUAAGCCGUUAAGGUCAUCUGUUUUUAUGGUAAAGGGUUAACGAGUCAUGUGGCUAGCACAUCGACCAACCGCCUUUACUUUAGCCAGCUAAAGUUGGGUACCUAUUAGAGUUGGGCGACCUAAAAAAUCCCGAAAUUCAAAAGCCCAAACUUCACCGAGAUUCGAACCCAGAAUCCCAGGUUCGGAAGCCAAGUGCUUAACCACUCGACCACCACAUGUAUUUAUUUAUAUAUUUAUUCUUUGUAAAUGGAAUGAAAUAAUCAAGUUAUUGUAUUAUCCCACGCUUCAGACACCAUUAAGAAAAUGAGAAGUCUGAAACAAGAGAUGUGUGUAAAUAAUAUAUUUAUUAAUUAGUGUCGCUAAUUAUUUUAUUUUAUUAAUCAAGUAUAAUUUCGUUUAUUCAAUCCAUUUUUUUACGUUUACGAAACAAACAAAUACGUCUAGUUCUCCUUGAAAAACUUGUUGACUGUUUUCAACUUCCGGUGAUUAUCACGUCAUUAUGACCAAGGUGUAGAUGUUUCUCGUUUGUUACUGUCUCUUUGCAAUGUCCAUUAAAAUUGUUUCUGCGC